UCGGUUGUCGGUUGUCGCCGUUGUUUGACUUUGACAGUUGGUGAUUCGGUUCGUUUGGUUUGGGCCCGGCCGAGUUGAGCUGCUUGUAAAGUUAGGCGCUUAAUAUUUAUUUAACUUUAAUCUGUAUAAGGAUUUAUUAAAUUUGAAAUAUUAAUAACUGAAAAUGGCUUCUGAAAAGAGGAUAGAUAUCACUAAGCCACUCUGGGAUCAGAGCACCUUUGUGGGCAGAUUCAAGCAUUUUGCCUUCAUCUCCAAUCCUCUAUUGUCUUUGGUGCCGGAGUCAGAACUGCAUGAAGCUAAGGAGUUGUAUUUUAAGUACAAAGAAGGUAAAGAACCCGCCAACACUCCCAUGGACAAAGUGGUCCGAGCCAAACAACUGUAUGAAUCAGCGUUCCACCCGGACAGUGGAGAACUCCAGAAUGUGUUUGGCCGCAUGUCCUUCCAGAUGCCCGGAGGCUGUCUCGUCACCGGAGCUAUGCUGCAGUGGUACAGAACAGGCACAGCCAUAGUAUUCUGGCAGUGGGUGAACCAGUCGUUCAACGCCCUAGUCAACUACACUAAUCGCAACGCCAACUCGCCGCUCACGACUACGCAAAUGGGCGUCGCGUAUGUCUCGGCCACGUCUGCUGCUAUGGCUACCGCGCUAACCUUUAAAUUUGUGGUGCAGAAGCGCGCUAAGAACCCUAUCUUGGUGAGGUUCGUGCCUUUUGUAGCUGUGGCCGCCGCCAACUGGGUGAACAUUCCCUUGAUGCGACAGAACGAGAUUAUAAAAGGUCUUGAAGUGUCGGACGAGAAUGGGAAGAUCAUCGGCAAGUCACAACUAGCUCCAGCCAAGGGAAUUUCACAAGUGGUUACUUCUAGGAUCGUAAUGUGCGCCCCCGGCAUGUUGCUGCUGCCGGUCAUAAUGGAGAGGAUCGAGCACAAGCCGUGGAUGCAGCGCAUCCGCUGGGCACACGUGGGCAUACAGACCGCCUUCGUGGGCAUGUUCUUGACAUUCAUGGUGCCGACCGCCUGUGCUCUCUUCCCACAAAGAUGUAAAAUCUCAACGGACACGAUCAAACGCUUCGAGCCCGAGCACUACGAGGAAAUCCUGAAGAACACCGACGGCAAACCUCCUCAAUACGUAUACUUCAACAAGGGUCUGUAAACUGUAGCUGUAAGUAGUUGUUAUGUUAAAUACUAUUGAAAUCUUGUCUAUGGCCACAUAAAUAUUUGAGAGGUAAAAAACGGAUAAAGAUCUGGAUCCCCUCGCAUGUUCACAAUUGAAUUGGAAUUUCUAUAGAUAUGUUGGUUUGUACUUGACAGAUGAUGUAUUUUAUCGUCUCAAGAAAAUAUAUAUAUAUUUUUUUUAAAUAUAAGAUUUGCUUAAGAUUUCUGAUCAUGCACCCAAUUAAAUGUUAGUAAAAGUAAAAUAAAUCAGAUGUACGAGGAAACCUUGGAUAGUUUUUCGACUUAUUUAUCAGAAAAAUAUAUUUAGAAUUAUUCCAUAGAGAUUCAGGCUAUGAAAAUUUAGCUAGUCUGUGGUGCGCCUUAAUCAAUUCUUAAAAUUAUGAAUGAGUCCAUAGACAAGCAUAUAAAAUUAGGUCUCAGUGUUGUUAUGGGUGACCAGUGUUGCCAUAUCAAGUUGUCGUAAUUAGAUAGAUGAGUAAGCAGAAAUGUAGAUUUUAAGAAAAUAAAUUAGCGUAUCUGACUUACUUGCGCUUAUUUUAAAUUGGUGAUAAUUUUUUUUAUUAUAUUUUAUAAAUCGAAUAAAUUCGGCAAUUUUUCAAUUGUUUUACAAAAAUAAGAAUUAUUUGUAUGACAAGAGUCAAAAAAGUCGUAAAAAUCUAUACUUAAUAAUUCAAUUUUGAAAAUUGUUUACGUUAAUUUGUUGUUAAAAAUUAUAUUACGUAAGGUUAGAAUUUACUGUCUUUAUAUUGUGUCUCAGAAAUUUUAUUUUUUAUAGUUUUAUUUAAUAAUUAAGUGUACUUUUUAAGCGUUAUUGGAAACCAGUAUUGUUUUUUUUAUUAAAAGGUAAAAAUAACUUGUAAACCUUCCAAAAAUUAUGUCUUUAAUCUUUAUCACAUUUUUACUUGUUAUUAUUUUAACACGUUUAUUUGCUUCGAGCAACACCGGCUUCCGACACGUCGGAAAGGAGGCCCGAGCGAUAUCUUACCGUACAAAUCGCUCUGCCAUUUUUUGCGGGGGGAAACGUGCACACACUCGCACUUCUCACAAAUACAUAAAAAAUUACACAUGUCAAAGACAAAUCAUGCACACCUCGAUCUGUUUGUGUACGGACGAGUCACAACUCGCACCGCGCUAUGCCCAGUUGGGCAUGUGCUCCGGCAGAGGGGAAUAGUGCGAUGCCGACUCCCUUCCCGGUGUUGCUCGAAGUGGGCGUUGUAAGAUUGUUUUUGAAUUUCGUUUUAGGAAUGUUUAUUUUUGCGCUUUAUUUUUUCUCUAUAUUGAAAACAAUACAUUCCGAUUGGUAUUAUUGAAUAAUAUAUAGUCUGUGCUUUUAUAUGCAUUUGCUGUUAUUUUAGGCCUGAGGUACACUUGUAAGUUUUACUUACGUAAGUAGGGACACAGCUAUACUACAGAGUGAGAGAUGAAUAUUACUAUCUCAUUCUAACAAAUAGCUUUGUCCUUACUUACGUAAGUAAAACUUACAAGUGUAUCUCAAGCCUUAGACGCACUAAAGAAUUACGAGUGUUAUUAAAUCUAUGCUACUAAUUUAGUACUAUACAUCUAAAGUCGAAAACAGUCCGACGUGCAAGAGUAGAAAAUGUUUUCUCGCAGAAUAGGCACAAUGGAUGUCGAGUUGCAGAAAAGGCCCUUAGAAACUAACUAACUAAGAGUAGAAAAUGAUUUAGGGCGCCACUAAGACUAAUUAGGCAACAUUAUGUAUAAAUGUACACAAUGGUUACACACAGCCGUACAUAAUCAAAGUUAAUGAACACACAAUCAUAGGUUUUAUCAAAAAAUGGACGACUUUUAUUUUUCCAUAUAAAAUAAUUCAGCAAGCAAUGUAUGUGUACUUUGUUUUAACUUAAAACGUCGUCAAAAAUUCAUACUGUUUAUCUCAUUCUGCCGCAUAUAAUAAUUGCUUCGGAUUUGACAUGUAAACAAGAUGGCGCUGUACGGUCAAGGAAUUUAAUUUCCUACCCAUUUCGUACCUUGUCACAAUGACAAACAACAUGAAACUCGCUAGAGACCUCAUACUAUAGGGACCGUGCGCGUUGGAGGGUCUGCCAUCUUGUGGCCUGAAUCGGAACCAAAAACGUGUACAUUUACACGUCAAAUGUUUUCUUGUGCACAGUAGGUUCUGCCAUCUUGUGGGCUACAUCGGAACAAUAAACAUCACAUUUACGCCUCGCGCCAAAAAUCUGACGGCUCCUGUGCUGCCUCCUACAGUUCAUGCACGCUCCCUAUUGUCACUGUGACAAGGUACGAAAUGGGUAGGAAAUUAAAUUCUUUGACUGUACAUCUUUAUACAUUUUGCUUUAAGUCUAAUUGUCUAAAGUUGAUGUUUGACAAUUCAAUGACCGAAAAACUUAUGUCGCAGUACAGCGCCGUCUGUUUUGGAUGUCAAGCUAAGGGGCACGUUUUUUUCUUAGACUACCUCUCUUUUUGAUCCUAAUCAAGAACUAAAACUAUCAGAAUUGUGAUUUAUUGAUACGCUCAGUUUAGUAAUUAUUUCUAGUCUUUUUCAGUGCUCAAAAGCAAGUGUAGUUUCUUAAAAUUGUGCCAUUAACAUUUGUACAGUUUAUUUUCAAAAUCAGACGUAAAUAAUGUUUUCUGUUAUAUCAGCUUUUUGCUUUUUUGUUAGAAUGGCAAGCAAGGCUAAGACAAUAAAAUACCUAUAGAGAA